GGUCUGCACUGAGUCCUCGGGACCCCGAAAGAGUAGCAGUAGGCUGUUUCCUUAGAUUGCGCGGGGGCGCUACCUGGCACGAUAGAAAGUUCAGAUUGCUUCCCGCAGCCGGGAUAACCUGGCUUGCUGGUGUCCGCAGAAUCCCCUGCAGUUGCGGCCGGAGUCCGGGUGCCCUUGCCCCGCGAUCUCCGCGGUCCUGCGCUGCAGGGCGCGUAUCGCCUCUUGGACUUCUUUGCGGGCCAGGGACCGAGAAAGAGUCUGUGCCUAAGAACUGGGCUCUGUGCCCAGCGCGAGGUGCAGGAUGGAGAGCAAGGCGCUGCUAGCUGUCGCUCUGUGGCUCUGCGUGGAGACCCGGGCCGCCUCUGUGGGUUUGCCGGAUGAUUCCCUCCAUCCACCCAAGCUCAGCACACAAAAAGACGUACUUACAAUUUUGGUAAAUACAACCCUUCAGAUUACUUGCAGGGGACAGAGGGACCUGGAUUGGCGUUGGCCCAAUAAUCAUCGUGGUUCUGAGGAAAGGGUGUCAGUGACUGAGUGCAGUGACAGUGUCUUCUGCAAGACACUCACCAUUCCAAAGGUGGUGGCAAAUGAUACUGGAGCCUACAAGUGCUUCUAUCGGGAUGUUGACAUGGCCUCCAUCACUUAUGUCCAUGUUCAAGAUUAUAGGUCACCAUUCAUCGCCUCUGUGAGUGAUCAGCAUGACAUUGUGUACAUCACCGAGAAUAAGAACAAAACUGUGGUGAUUCCGUGCCGAGGGUCAAUUUCAAGCCUCAACGUGUCACUCUGUGCAAGAUAUCCAGAAAAGAGGUUUGUUCCGGAUGGAAACAGAAUCUCCUGGGACAGUGAGAAAGGCUUUACUAUCCCCAGUUACAUGAUCAGCUAUGCCGGCAUGGUCUUCUGCGAGGCAAAGAUCAAUGAUGAAACCUACCAGUCUAUCAUGUACAUAGUUGUGGUUGUAGGAUAUAGGAUUUAUGAUGUGACCCUGAGCCCCCCUCAUAGAGUCGAGCUAUCUGCGGGAGAGAAGCUUGUCUUAAACUGUACAGCAAGAACUGAGCUCAACGUGGGACUUGAUAUCAACUGGCAGUUCCCUUCUUCAAAGCAUCAGCAUAAGAAGAUUAUAAACCGGGACCUGAAACCCCUUCCUGGAACCGUGACAAAGAAAUUUUUGAGCACCUUGAUAAUCGACAGUGUGACACGGAAUGACCAAGGACUAUACAUCUGCACAGCGUUUAGUGGGCGAAUGACCAAGAGAAACAGCACAUAUGUCCAAAUUCAUACAAAACCUUUUAUUGCUUUUGAUAGCAGUAUGGAAUCUUUGGUGGAAGCAAGGGUGGGCAGCCCAGUCCGAAUCCCUGUCAAGCACCUGAGUUACCCGGCUCCUGAUAUCAAAUGGUACAGAAAUGGAAGACCCAUUGAGUCCAAUUACACAAUGAUAGUGGGCGAUGAACUCAUAAUCAUGGAAGUGAGUGAACGAGAUGCAGGAAACUACACAAUCGUCCUCACCAAUCCCAUUUCAAUGGAGAAACAGAGCCAUGUGGUUUCCCUGGUCGUGAAUGUCCCACCCCAGAUCGGUGAGAAAGCCUUGAUUUCUCCCAUGGAUUUCUACCAGUAUGGUACCAUGCAGACAUUGACAUGCACAGUCUAUGCUAACCCUCCCCUGCACCACAUCCGCUGGUACUGGCAGCUAGAAGAAGCAUGCUCCUACAAGCCCAGCCAAACAAACCCAUAUACUUGCAAAGAAUGGAGACACGUGGAGGAUUUCCAGGGGGGAAAUAAGAUCGAAGUCACCAAAAACCAAUAUGCCCUAAUUGAAGGAAAAAAUAAAACUGUAAGUACUCUGGUCAUCCAAGCUGCCAAUGUGUCAGCGUUGUACAAAUGUGAAGCUGUCAACAAAGCUGGACAAGGCGAAAGAGUGAUUUCCUUCCAUGUGAUCAGGGGUCCGGAAAUUGCUGUGCAACCCACUACCCAGCCAACCGAGCAGGAGAGUGUGUCUCUCUUGUGCAUUGCUGAUAGAAAUAUAUUUGAGAAUCUCACUUGGUACAAGCUUGGCUCACAGGCAACAUCAGUCCACAUGGGUGAACCACUCACGCCAGUGUGCAAGAAUUUGGAUGCUCUUUGGAAACUGAAUGCCACCUUGUUUUCAAAUAGCACAAGUGACGUCUUGAUUGCAGCAUUCCAGAAUGCAUCCCUGCAGGACCAAGGAGACUAUGUCUGCUCUGCUCAAGACAGGAAGACCAAGAAAAGACAUUGCCUAGUCAAACAGCUCGUCAUCCUAGAGCGUAUGGCACCCAUGAUCACGGGCAACCUAGAGAAUCAGACGACAACGAUUGGCGAAACCAUUGAAGUUGCUUGCCCAGCAUCUGGAAACCCUACUCCACUCAUUACGUGGUUCAAAGACAAUGAGACACUCGUGGAAGAUUCAGGCAUCGUACUGAAAGAUGGGAACCGGAACCUCACUAUCCGAAGGGUGAGGAAGGAGGAUGAAGGCCUCUACACUUGUCAAGCCUGCAAUGUCCUUGGAUGUGUAAGAGCAGAGACACUUUUCAUAAUAGAAGGUGCCCAGGAAAAGACCAACUUGGAAGUCAUUAUUCUCGUGGGCACUGCGGUGAUUGCCAUGUUCUUCUGGCUACUUCUUGUCAUCGUUCUACGGACCGUUAAGCGGGCCAAUGAAGGGGAACUGAAGACGGGUUACUUGUCCAUUGUCAUGGAUCCAGACGAACUGCCUUUGGAUGAGCGUUGUGAACGAUUGCCUUAUGAUGCUAGCAAAUGGGAAUUCCCCAGGGACCGACUGAAACUAGGGAAGCCUCUUGGCCGUGGUGCCUUUGGCCAAGUGAUUGAGGCAGAUGCCUUUGGAAUUGACAAGACAGCAACUUGCAAAACAGUGGCCGUCAAAAUGUUGAAAGAGGGAGCCACACACAGUGAGCACCGAGCCCUCAUGUCUGAACUCAAGAUCCUCAUCCACAUUGGCCACCAUCUCAAUGUGGUCAACCUUCUAGGUGCCUGCACCAAGCCGGGAGGGCCUCUCAUGGUGAUUGUGGAAUUCUGCAAGUUUGGAAACCUAUCAACUUACUUACGGGGCAAGAGAAAUGAAUUUGUUCCCUAUAAGAGCAAAGGGGCACGGUUCCGCCAGGGGAAAGACUACGUUGGAGAGCUCUCUGUGGAUUUGAAACGCCGCUUGGACAGCAUCACCAGCAGUCAGAGCUCUGCCAGCUCUGGAUUUGUUGAGGAGAAAUCCCUCAGUGAUGUAGAGGAAGAAGAAGCUGCUGAGGACUUGUACAAGGACUUUCUGACCUUGGAGCACCUCAUCUGCUACAGUUUCCAAGUGGCUAAGGGCAUGGAGUUCUUGGCAUCGAGGAAGUGUAUCCAUAGGGACCUGGCAGCACGGAAUAUUCUCCUAUCAGAGAAGAAUGUGGUGAAGAUCUGUGACUUCGGCUUGGCCCGGGAUAUUUAUAAAGACCCGGAUUAUGUCAGAAAAGGGGAUGCCCGACUUCCUUUGAAAUGGAUGGCCCCAGAAACAAUUUUUGACAGAGUAUACACAAUUCAGAGCGACGUGUGGUCUUUUGGCGUUUUGCUCUGGGAAAUAUUUUCCUUAGGUGCUUCCCCAUAUCCUGGGGUCAAGAUUGAUGAAGACUUUUGUAGGAGACUGAAAGAAGGAACUAGAAUGAGGGCCCCUGACUACACCACCCCAGAAAUGUACCAAACCAUGCUGGACUGCUGGCAUGAGGACCCCAAUCAGAGACCCUCGUUUUCAGAGCUGGUGGAACAUUUGGGAAAUCUCCUGCAAGCGAAUGCUCAGCAGGACGGCAAAGACUACAUUGUUCUUCCAAUGGCAGAGACAUUGAGCAUGGAAGAGGAUUCUGGACUCUCCCUGCCCACCUCACCUGUUUCCUGUAUGGAGGAAGAGGAAGUGUGUGACCCCAAAUUCCAUUAUGACAACACAGCAGGAAUCAGUCAGUACCUUCAGAACAGCAAGCGAAAGAGCCGGCCAGUGAGUGUGAAAACAUUUGAAGAUAUCCCACUGGAAGAACCACAAGUAAAAGUAAUUCCAGAUGACAGCCAGACGGACAGUGGGAUGGUCCUUGCAUCCGAAGAGCUGAAAACCCUGGAAGACAGGAAUAAAUUAUCUCCAUCUUUUGGUGGGAUGAUGCCCAGCAAAAGCAGGGAGUCUGUGGCCUCGGAAGGCUCCAACCAGACCAGCGGCUAUCAGUCUGGGUACCACUCAGAUGACACAGACACCACUGUGUACUCCAGCGAGGAGGCAGAACUUUUAAAGCUGAUGGAAGCUGCAGUGCGCCCUGACUCUGGGACCACAUUGUGCUCACCUCCUGUGUAAAAGGAGGUGCUCCCACCCUACCCCCAAGUCCUGGAAAUCAUGUGAGAGGUGCUGCUUAGAUUCUCAAGUGUUGUUCUUUCCACUACCCGGAAGUAGCCACAUUUGAUUUUCAUUUCAGAAGGACCUCAGACUGCAAGGAGCUAGUCCUCAGGGCAUCUCCAGAGAAGAUGACCCGUGACCCAAGAAUGUGUUGACUGUACUCUCUUUCCCUUUCAUUUUAAAAUUAUGUAUACUCUGCCCUGCUGUGUGUCUCACUGCCAGUUAAAACAAAAGACAUUCAAACAGUGGCUCUGUCCUCCAAGAAGUAGCCAUACCAGGACGAAGGAUACCUCUGUGAAGCUGGGUGACAAUGGGCAGUGUUAAUGCUUUGUGUGUUGAAGAUGGGUGAGAUGUCUAAUGGCUGAGUCUACCUAAAAGGCAUUGUUGAGGAUGUGGGCUAUGAGCCAAGUGUUAAGUGCGGGAUGUGGACUGUUAGGAAGGAAGGCGCAAGCUCUCUUGGAGAGCGGCUGGAGCCUGCAGAUGCAUUGUGCUGGCUCUGGUGGAGGUGGCCAUGUGGCCUGUCAGGAAAUGCAAAGGCAGCCGGCAAGGUUUCUGGUUUUAGAAGGUUGCGUGCUCUUUGCAGUUGGGCUAUAGGCGAGUUCCCUGGGCUGUUUCCUACUCCUAAUGAGAGUUCCUUCCGCACUCUUACGUGUCUGCUGGCCUAACUCCAGGAAGGAAAUGAUGCAGCUUGCUCCUCAUCUCCCAGGCCGCGCCUUAAUUCGGAACACCAAAAGAGGCUCCCUUUCAUCUUGAAGUGCACAGUGCAACUCAGGGUUUCUGCUGGAUGGAUACCCACAUGUCUGCCCUGGUGGCAGUGUCUGAGGCCAAGCGCAGUGGGUUCUGUGUCAAGUUGUGGUGGCAAAAGCUCAGACAGGAUGUAUCCAUUUGUUGUCCCUGCAACCCCACCCCACUGUCACCCCCCAGUCCUCAGUACUUUAGCUUUGUGGCCUGUUUAUGGCGGAAACUCUGAAUCGGUUUGCUCACUCUCCAGAUAAAUACUCAUUAGCCAGAUUUCAAAAUUGCCUUAUAGCCAAGGCUAUAAUAGCAUCUACUGUAUCACUUAGAAUCUUAACAUAUAAAGCUAUGUCUACUGGUUUUUGCCCUUGUGCUUAUGUUUUCCAACAAGAAACUGUUACUUUUCAUUUGGUACCAUAGUAUGAGAAGCUGGGAACAAUGACUAUAAAACAUGCUAUGGCACAUAUAUUUAUAGUCUGUUAUGUAGAACAAAUGUAAUAUAUUAAAACUGUAUAUUAUAUGUAAUGAACUUUGUACCAUUCACAUUUUGUAUCAGUAUUAUGUAGCAUGACAAAGGUUAUAAUGCUCUCAGCAGCUGAUGUUGUUUUAUUAAAAACAUUGAGGAACUCAACGGAAUCCUUUCCCAGGAGAUGCGCAGCUAUACCUAUCGUUUUUCUCAUCUCAAACAGAGGAGGAGGAACCAGAUACAGUGUGAGUGUGGUGGAAUCUUCCUUGUUCUCUAUUCUUACAAAGAGUAUUUUCAUCAAAUGUUUAUAAUGCUUUGUAAACCAAUAAAUGUAUUCCGAGUAAAAAGA